GCCUCUUCGUGUGAUUUACAGAGCAAAAAAGCUUACCUCGGCGAUUAGUUCCCGGAGAAGAAGAAGAGAGAUAACAAAAUGGCGGCUAAUGGAUCUGCUAGCUCAGCGCAGCUCUCUCAGAAGGAAGCUGACAUCAGGAUGAUGUGUGCCGCUGAGGUUCAUCUUGGAACCAAGAAUUGCAAUUACCAGAUGGAGCGUUACGUCUUCAAGAGACGCAACGAUGGUAUUUACAUCUUCAACCUUGGCAAAACAUGGGACAAGCUCCAGAUGGCUGCUAGAGUUAUUGUUGCCAUUGAGAACCCACAGGACAUCAUUGUUCAGUCUGCUAGGCCCUAUGGACAGAGAGCCGUGUUGAAGUUUGCUCAGUACACUGGAGCCAAUGCCAUUGCUGGAAGGCACACUCCUGGUACCUUCACCAAUCAGAUGCAGACAUCCUUCAGUGAACCAAGGCUGCUGAUUCUUACUGACCCAAGAACUGACCACCAGCCUAUCAAGGAAGGUGCUUUGGGAAACAUUCCAAUCAUUGCUUUCUGUGACACCGACUCUCCAAUGAGAUUUGUUGACAUCGGUAUCCCUGCUAACAACAAGGGAAAGCACAGCAUCGGGUGUCUUUUCUGGCUUCUUGCUCGCAUGGUCCUUCAGAUGCGUGGAACCAUUGGUGCUGCACAGAAGUGGGAUGUCAUGGUUGAUCUGUUCUUUUACAGGGAGCCUGAGGAGACUAAGCCAGAGGAUGAAGAUGAAGCUGCCCCUCAGGCAGAAUAUGGACUUCCUGCUCCGGAAUAUGGAAUGGUUGGUGGAGACCAAUGGACCACCGCUCAGAUCCCUGAUGCUGCAUGGCCAGGAGAGGCUCAGGCUCCAAUCUCUGCUGCACCUGCCGCUGCUUCUUGGAGUGAUUCCGCUGCUGCACCAGCAGAUGGUGGAUGGGACACUGCCGUGCCACCCCCAGGUGCUCCAGCUGCUGGUUGGGAGUAAAGUUGAUAGUCUUUACUCAAUGGUUAAAUGGUUAUAGACAUGCUUUUUUGUUAUCGAACCGUAACUGUUUUUUCUUCUCACUUGUUUCUCUUAAGACCCUUAGAUUUUUCUGUUAUGCACCUUUUUGUUUGAGUCUAAACUAUAUUUUGCGCUUUAUCACAAAUAUGAA